AUGAACAGACAGAAGAACGAUCAGCUUCACCAUAAACGCAUCCGACGCUACACAAAAUCAUCGGACUCAACUUAUGUAAUAGAGACGCUUCCCACCGAUGUCAUCAUCGAGAUACUCUCAAGAUUACCUACAAAUUCCAUCGGAAUAUGUCGCUUAGUGUCAAAGCAAUGGUCGUCCAUACUUCGAAGUCGGGAUUUCGCGGAAUCUUUCCUCACCAGGUCAUUGGCUCGGCCGCGUCUUUUGUUCACCUUCAGAUGUGGCAGCAAGUGUCACCUCUUGCUAUCCCCUCAGCCUCGAAAUUUUGAUGGGAACAAAAUUAGUGUUGUAGCAACUGACUAUCAUAUCGGUUUUUCUGGAAAUUGGUGCAUGCGAAGUUUUCAAUGUGUUCAUGGAUUUAUCUAUCUGGACCAUAGGAAGAGGAGGUUAAAUGGAAAGAAUAGGGUUUCUAUGAUUUGGAACCCUUGCACGGGUCAGCAGAUACCUUUACCUAAGUUGGGAGUGUCGGAUAGUCAUUCGAAAAGGUUUCUCGGGUAUGAUCCUAUCGAGAGAGUAUUCAAGGUUUUGUGCAUAACAUCCUCCAAAGAGCAUCAAGUUUUGACUCUAGGAACUGGAGGAGAACUGUCCUGGAGAAAGAUUGAGUGUUCGUUUCCGCAUUAUCCUCGGAAAGAGCAAAUGAGCAAUGCGCUAUGCACCAAUGGCGUUUUAUAUUACAAACAUUCUAAUUCUAUGAUAGUAUGUUUUGAUGUUAGGUCUGAGAAAUUUAGUUUUAUAGAAAUAAAAAUAUAUGUCGACCUUUUGUGUCUAAUAAACAAUAAGGGAAAAUUAGGUGUCCUAGUGCUUUUUCCUCACACUGGUCUUGCUCAGCUAUGGGUUCUUGAUGACACCAAAAAAGUGGUAUGGUCGAAGCAAAACUUUGUUUUUCCAUAUACCACCUUUGAGGCUAGAAGAGUAACUGAUACGGGUGAAAUUUUGUGUGCGUCAAGUCGUUCUACCUGUCCAUUCUAUGUUUCCUACUAUAAUCUGGAGGAAGAGAGUGUUAGGAGAAUUGAAAUCGAAGGAAUUCAAGACAAGGUAUUGAUGGGUCAAGAUGGACAUUACCCUUCUGAAUUUUUCAUCUUUCCAAACUAUAUUGAGAAUAUGAUGUUUCUGAAAUAA